AUGCAGGUGCUGGCAGUUGCAAGUGACAGCCCCAACCCAGGGCCCCUGUUGACAUUCCCAGAGGCUAUCCACGGCAUCAUCCAGAGUGACCUCAACCACUCGGCGAUCCUGCAACGGGUAGUGACAAUGAACCCUGAGGCUGUGUUGAGCUGGGACCUCAAUGGGGAGCCCUGUGGGACUGGGGAGAAGCUGUUCAUCUGGCAGUUGUCCUGGGAGCAUCUGGGCACCUGCAUGUGCAUGGCCAAGAACAGCGAGGAACAGCUGUUCUCUGAGCUUGUGACCAUCUCGCUGCCACAUGAGUCCUCCAUCCCUUCCAAGACCUCUCCAGUCAAACCUGGACCCCACUUCUCCCUGUCAGGAGGAUCUGCCAUCAGCCUCCUCAUGCCUGGGAUUCUGGGAGCCACAGCACUGAUCGGAGGCAUAUGCUUCACCAUCAUCCAGAACCAGAGUCCCCAAACUGACAUCACGGACAAUGAGACAGAGGAGGGCGCUGGAGCUGUGCUGCCCGGGUUCAAAUCCCACUAG